UAAAAAAAAUGCUGAAUAUAUUAUAUUCUUGGAAAAGUUGAUUUUUUAGCAGAAAAAUCCAGUAGUACUCUGCGUCUACUAUGCUAACAUCUUUCUCAGCGGGCGCUGGUGGAGCUACGCCGCCGGCAUUAACCAAUUUGAAAUGGUUGAAUUCGAGGCGUUUAAGGAUCUGGGCUGGCUGUGAUUUUCCGGAUUUUCUUCCUAAACAAGUUGAGAAAAUCAAAGACCCUUAUGCUAGAAAGUUGGCUUCACGAAUUGAGAGAAUACCAGUAAACUUUUCAAAGGGUUGUGUCAUGAGUAGUUGUGUGAAGCCAAAAGAACAGAAAGAGGCCAAUCCAGUUGUACUUCUCCAUGGUUUUGAUAGCACAUGUUUAGAGUGGAGGUACACACUUCCAUUGCUUGAGGAGGCUGGGUUGGAGACCUGGGCAGUUGAUAUCCUUGGAUGGGGUUUCUCUGAUCUAGGAAGGCUUCCAUCGUGUGAUGUAGCUUCCAAGCGUGAUCAUCUUUACCAGCUGUGGUCUACCUACAUCAAGAGGCCAAUGGUACUUGUCGGACCGAGUCUUGGAUCUGCUGUUGCUAUUGACUUCUCUGUCCACUAUCCAGAAGCUGUGGAAAGGCUUGUUUUAAUAGAUGCAAGUGUUUAUGCGGAAGGUACAGGAAAGCUCGCGACAUUACCCAAAGCAGUAGCUUAUGCUGGGGUCUACUUGUUGAAAAGCAUACCACUUCGUUUAUAUGCAGCAUCAUUGGCUUUCAAUGGCUUACCAAUAAGUACAUGUAUAGACUGGACUAAGAUAGGUCGUUUACAUUGUUUAUUACCUUGGUGGGAGGAUGCAACAGUGAAUUUCAUGAUCAGCGGAGGUUACAACGUCAUUGAUCAGAUAAAGCAUGUCAAGCACAAAACACUAAUUAUAUGGGGCGAAGAUGAUCAGAUUAUUGACUACAAGCUUGGAGUGAGAUUGCAUUGUGAAAUUCCAAGUGCAACGCUACGCCAAAUACCCCAGUGUGGCCAUAUUCCUCAUGUGCAGAAGCCUGAUGUUGUCUCCAGGUUGAUCACGGAAUUUGUUCAGUCUGAUCAAUCACAAAAGGCGAAACCUGACUCUGUCUCCACUGUCUCUGUUCCUAUGAUUACUGGUACUUGUACAAGCAAAUAUUUAGCAUAUCCAAAUUGACUUCCUGGUUCAACAUAGUGAUGAGGUUUGUUUGCCAGCUUCAAUGAUGAACUGUGAUUUCAUUCUUUAAGCAAUGUCGGCAAUAUUACCAACAUACCGAAGGUGCUUUGGCAUCCAGUUCAUAGUGUAACAAACUGAACACUUGAGCAAUCAGCUAAAUACUUGAGCAUUCUGAUACAUAUUUCUUUCAGUAUUACUUCGAUACUCAGAGCUAGAGUUUAUGGCCGGUGAGUCAUAGCCUGGACAAGCCUUAGUGGGCUGAGUUACUCAAUACCUUUGCUGGUUGGAGCUAGCAGCUGGGGGAAUAAUAGUCGAGGAGCACACAAGCUGGCCUAAACGCCACAGUUAUGAUAAAUAAAAAAGGGCAGUGUUGAACUUUUGUUGUGUAAUAUUAUCUUGAAUUAUCUUAGUUGAAGCAUAUUGUUAGAUGGAAAGUUAGUUGAAUGAUACUAUAUAUUACUAGUAUUUGUCAUCUUGUUAAAAGAAUAAGCUUUUCUGCACUAAUGAUUGCCUAGUUUCCUAUUGUU